AUGCAUCUUCUGUCCUUUUUCGGGCAGUGUGCGGUUUUCAGCCUGCUGAGAGCUGCACUCGCCGCUCCUGGUCAAGCUGCCUGUCCUGGUGGAGGAGUUGAGAUUGUCGAAAUCCAGCCACACGAAAUCAUUUGUGAUGGGAAGGCUUCAAUUUCCAUGGGUACCAGAACUUAUACCAAAUACCCGGGAUCGACUGAAGUCCCGGCUCCAGAUCACCCCGGCCAGCCCUAUCAACCUGGGGCUUCGGUAUCACCCGGAUCUCCUGGCAAUACUCCGAAUAACCCUGGUCAACCAUAUGCCCCCGGGAACGCGGACGAGUCACCCCCUUGCGAGAACUGUGUCACAAUUAUAACUACAGUGGCUACUCCGUUCUGUACCACUAUUCCCCCGGACACUGUGGGUGGUGUUCGUACUGUUGUGACCGGUGUGUCUCUUCCUUGCGAAGAUUGCGUCACUGUCACUACCACCGGAUCUAUCCCUCGUAUCACAACACUGGUCCCAACUUGGACUGGCGGGAAGACGACUGUUAUCAUUUACGUAGCCUCCUCGCCUCCCACGACCAUCACUGAGACCCAUCCUUGCACCGGCAUCGGGAAAUGCCAACCCACAACUAUUCCACCGCCUACAGAUUGUACUGUUGGGACUUGUACGGCCAUUGUUGUGCCUCCUCAAAGCAACGACCCUCCUGGUGUCACAACGACGACGGUUACGUCUAGUUGCAUUGGGACGACGUCAGACUGCAUCCCUACAACUAUACCACCUCCACCUGAUUGUACUGUGGGGACUUGCACAGCCAUUGUUGUACCUCCUCGAAGAACCGACCCUCCCGGUGUCACGACGACGACUGUUACGUCAAGUUGCACUGACAAGUCGAAUUGUGACCCUACAACUAUCCCACCUCCCUCUGACUGCACUGUCGGGACUUGUACGGCUAUUAUCGUACCUCCUCAAACUAGCCCUCCCACAGUUACCACCACGACGGUCGUAUCCAGUUGCGCAGGCACUUCGACUUGUGUUCCCACAACCAUCCCGCCUCCCUCUGACUGUUCUACUGGAACUUGCACCGCUAUUAUAAUCCCUCCACCCACCAGCACUCCUCCCACGGUCACCACAACAACUGUCAUAUUGCGCUGUGCUGGAACGUCGAGUUGUGUUCCUACAACUAUUCCGCCAGCUUCAGACUGCACUACCGGAACAUGCACUGCUAUCAUCAUACCACCUCCUACUAGUACUCUGUCAACCACGUCAGUCACGACGACGACGAUUAUCUCGUCUUGCACUGAUGCUGAGAGCUGCGUCCCAACAACUAUCCCGCCAGCUUCAGACUGUACUGCCGGAACUUGCACGGCUAUUGUCAUUCCACCUCCUACUGGUACUCCGUCAACAAGUUCACCCUCAAAUGUUAUUUCAUCUACUAGUGCUACUCCUCCUACCGUUCCCACGACAUCAGUCACCACUACGACGAUUAUCUCGUCCUGCACUGACACCGACAGUUGCACUCCAACAACUAUCCCACCUCCUUCAGACUGUUCUAUCGGAACAUGUACUGUUAUUGUCAUUCCUUCUCCGAGCACUUCACUUGGCACUACUGAACCAACUACCUCGCUCAGCCUGACAUCAGAAGUCCCAUCUUUACCCGCAACAUCCACUGUACUAUCAGACACCUCCUCCAUACCCACCACGUCUACCAUAGCGUCAGAGCCCCCCUCUCUGUCUCCAACAUCUACCACAAUAUCGGAGUCCUCCUCGGUGCCUGCCACACCUACAACUUUAGAGUUAACAUCCGUAUCCACCACAUCCACAACGACCCCAGAACUCCCAUCCACGUCUACCACAUCCAGUACAACAUCGUGUGCCGUCACGGAAACCCGAACUGUGUCAGCCAGUGGUUCGGAGGGCACAGAGACCUCAUGGGUAGUUCCGGAUUGUGCUAGAACCAUGCGCUUUGAGGUUGCAGGUGGCCAGGGCGGUCAAAAUGUGGUGCCAUAUAAUGGAGGAAGUGGAGCAUUGAUAUCAGGAUCCUUUGCAGUGGUACCCGGGCAGACAGUAGUCGGAAUUGCCGGUGGCCAGGGAGAUACAGGCGUUGCCGGAACGAGCCCAUACGGAAACGGCGGCACUGCGUCCGACGGGGGUGGUGGAGGUGGUGGAGCAUCAGUCCUCCGCAUUGCCGGCAACGACAUCAUCGUCGCUGGCGGUGGAGGAGGAGGUAGUGUCGUUCAGGGUUCAGGAGGAAACGCCAUCAGAACCAAUAACGAUGAUAAUCGAGGCAACGCUGGGUUCGAAGGGCAACAAGGCGUUUCCCGAUACGUUGUUGGUGAGGGAAAUACUGGGACAAGUGGUUACUAUUCUGUUGCCCGUGGAGGAGGUGGUGGUACGAGCACCGGCCCUGGUGCCGGUGGAACGUAUGGAGGAAACCAGGAUCUAGCCAGCAACGGAAAUUCAGGGUCCGGCCAUAACGGCGGAGCUGGCGUUCCAACCCCGAGAUCUGCUGGGGGUGGAGGCGGAUCAGGCGGCGGCGGUGGAGGUUACUAUGGCGGUGGCAGUGGUUCUACGCUGGCCUGGAACUACCAGGACACCGGUACUGUCUCUCCUGCUGCUGGUGGUGGAGGAUCUAGCUUUGUCAGCUCCGAUGCCACAGAUGUCACGCAGGGUCUCCGGGCUGCUGUGGGAAGUGUGGUCGUGGUGUUUUCUUCCUAG